CACUGGACUAAGUCCGAAUUUAAAAAUACAUUUAUACAUUUAUAGUGAUUAUAAAUUUGUUAUCCCUGACUAGACUCUAUCUACAUAUUCUAUGUAUAUAUACGAAGGAGUUCUGAACUAAUUACUGCUAUACAUAAAAGCGAGUAUCUGAGAGUCUACCUAGGAAUAGAUAUCAAAUUAGGACAACAAGCUCAUAGCAGCCUUGACUUUACACUUCACAGUAAUCACAGUCACAUAUUACUCAUAAUGUCAUUGUAAUGUCCAUAAUUUGGUUUGUCCCCUAAUAAUCAAACCCUUGGAUAUGGUAAUCAAAGAUAAAACAAAUCAGAUAUGGAUAGUUUUAAAAAAUAUGCAGCAUUGUCAGCGCUAUGCAAAGAGAUAACCAACAAUCCUCUCAAUUUAACUCUGCUGGAGCAGUUGAAGGAAAUUGUCUUGGAAAGCCCAAAUUCCUUUGUUCAAGCUGCACAGAAAAUGUUAGUUGUUACCUUUUUCCCUUAUCUAAAAAGUGGCCAAAGGUUGAACGAGCAAGGAAAACUUCUCUUGAUCGAAACAAUGGCAGAGUUUUUUAGCAAAACUUCUAUUGAGAACUCGAACUUGUUUUUUAAUUUCUACACAUUUAUUUUAUUGGAAUUAUAUGACUACAAAAAUCACAUAGUUUUAGGAAUCUCUGAAGAGUAUAAGUCUGCUCUCCUAAAUUGUAUGAUUGCCCUUGUGAAAAGUGUUUCGUCAGAAACAUUAAAAGAGAUCUAUUCCAAGGAAAAUGUUUCUAAGCUGUCCCAAAUAAUAUACGUAUGUGCCGAACUUGCAAAAAAUGAAACUGCAAGACAUAUUAGGAGCCUAGCAAUAACUUGUAUAAUGGCCAUUGCAAAAGUAACGGAUACAGAUGACCAAUCAGACGUAGUACUACGCAAUAAAUGUGCGGACAUGUUUAUGUUUUUUCUACCAGCUUUAUCUAGUACCCUCCCAGAAAUUGCUUUAAAGGAUUCAGCUGUUGGGCAUAGCUUACCAGUCCUAGCUACAAAAGCAUACGGCAGAAUAAUAGCCGUGAUAAUGCAAGACUAUAGGCCUUCAGACCAAAUUCUAGAUGUCGAAGAAGUCGUUAUGUGGGAAUCAAAAAAAUCCAAAACCCUUAAGGCAAAAUUUAAAGACAAAAAGGAAAUUGACUUAUAUUUAAAUUCAACAGUAAGAAAUGCCUUAUGGUACAAAGAAACAGAUGAAAAAAUAAAUAUAACUUUUAAACGGAUGGACGCUCUUACUUAUCAUAGUAAUGUUAAUUUAAGAAUGGAAAUCGUAGACGCAGCUGCAAUUAUUAUAAAAAAUUGUUCCACAACUAUACCUCAGUCAGUCGGCACACUUAUUGAAUACCUAAUUAUCUUGUCGGAAGAUUCGGAUCCUGUAGUUGCCGAAAAAAGUCGAGAUAUUAUUAACAACAUUUCCAAAGAUUUGUCAACAGCUCAAUCUCUGGUAUUUGAAAACGUUAAGGAAAGAUUUUGUAAUGCAAUUAAUAGCUUGCCUAGGAAAUUUAACAGUAUAGAUGAUGCAGAAAAAGUUGCGGCCCUUAAUCUUCUUAUUGGAUAUAUACAUUUAUUUGGAGAACAGAAUCUGAGCUGUGUUUUGCUAUCUCCAAGUAUUUUAGAUAAUUUGCUACAAGGUCUUUUAUACAUUUCUGAAAUUAAAAAAUCGAAUAUCAGUUUACUGGAAGAGUAUUCUUUAAAAGAUUUAAAUGCAGAAAGUGUCCCUAACUGGAUUAAUUUUCAAUAUUUUAACAACGAUAAUGUAAGAACAAAACUGAACGAUUUUUGUGCAAAACUAGCGAAACAUAAUUGUUUUGAACUGGUCCACGACUAUUUAUAUGACAUUUAUCUAAAUGUACCAAGUAAAAGAAACGAAGCUGUAUAUUUGACUAAUUUCCAUAUUACAGGCCUGGAAGAUACACAAAUAAAUAAAUACUGGUCCCUUAUUAAAAAUAUUAUAAAUAUAUAUACAGAAGAUCAUAUUAACGAUCUAAAUGCAGCUUUAGAUUCUGAAGAAUAUUCCGUUGAAAUGAUUCAGUCGAAUAUAAUUCUGAUUUGUCUUUUAACUGAAGGCUUAGGCAGAAUUAGCCUUACUAUAGGUAGCAAGUUUCAAAAUCUGCUUUUAAAAACGUUGUACGUGGUUUUGGAAAAAGCAGGAAGUGGGCAUCCUCUCAUCAAGCGUUCUGGUCUUUUUGCUUUAAAAAACAUAACACAAGCAUGUGGAUACGUUCACGUAACCGAUCUUAUAAAUGCAAACUUCGAUUUUUUCUCAUAUCACGUCCAAAGAAAGCUCGGGAAGUUAGAAAACAAAGAGGGAGUUUUAAAUGUGCUUUCGGUAGUUUUACAAUAUAGCAAUGUGGACGUUUUAUUGCCAAUGAGAAACAUAUUUGAGGAGGUGUUCCUAAAUUCUUGUGACAUGUUUAAAGACAAAUAUGCCACUGCAUAUCUCAAAGUUUUUAGGAUGUUUAUCCAGAGUUUAAAAAGAUGGUUUCAAAUUGAAGUGGUACACACUAGUUUAAAGUCUAGGCAAGAAAAGGAACAAGAACACGAACAUUUCCAAGUUUCUGGUAUAAAUUACGAUAACAAUUUUUCUGAUGAUAUUAUGGAAGGGCGUACUGCCGAGGAAUUGUAUAAAGAGGAUAUGGAAAAACAACAGAAAAUUAAAGAAAUAUCGGAAAAUGACGAAGGUCCCCUUAAAGAAGCAGAGAACGAGUAUCAAAAGCCAAAACCUGAAAUACACGUUGAGCUGACGCAUUUAAUAUUAAAAAGAAGUGUACAUUUUCUACCAUCAAAAAAUGACACAAGAAAAAUACUGGUGUUGGAAAUUUUGGAAAAUGGACUAGAACUUCUAAGAGAUUCCGAAGAUGAACUUUUACCAGUGGUGCACCUGAUUUGGAACCCUUUGCUACAACGAUUUAAGGCAGAUACGGACCCACUUAUUAUGAGACUGGCAACAAGAUUGGUGGCAACUAUGGCUAGAUUAGCAAAAGAGUUCAUUAGGGCAAGAUUUGUAAAGGAACUUCUGCCCAAAUUUAUUGAGAUUUUAAGUAACUCAGCUAAGGAAAGCCAUUUAAAAGAUAAAGGAUCUUCCUAUCGCUACAGUCAAGACUAUAAGCUACAACACGAAAUGUUGCAGCACAUUGGACUGAUUUUGUACAAUUUAGACGUGGAAGAAGAAACUAUAAUUAAGACUGCUGACGCUGUUUGCCUUUACUUGUCAGAUAAGCAGCCUCAUGAACUGCAGGUUGCUGCCGUGGACUUUUUCCAAACUAUGUGGAUCUACGAUGCGAGGGUAGUUAACGCAAAAUUGGAAUGUAUUGCAAAUACUGAAGAAUAUUUGAAAAAUUUAACUAGGAUAAAAGCAUUUAUAGACCAUCGUUCAGAAAACAAUUAGGUUUUGCCAUUAUUUUAUGCGAAACUUUUUUCUUAUCAUUAUUCACUCAAACUUUGCUCACAAGGCCGAAAGUAUAUUACGUCGCGACCCCGAAGAGUUUAAAUAUUAAAGUUGCAAUGUUUCCAAUUA